AUGUUUGCAUUCAGGAAUACAAUCACAAAAUUCUGGGCCUUGAAGGGUGAUACAACACACCAGUAUUUUCCAAUAUUUUUCAUUAUUCCUAAUUUGCCCAUGCAGAUUGCUGGAGCUGGGCCUUCUCAGAUUAUUUUACCUGAUCCUACUCAGCUUCACAGUUUGACUCAGAUUCUUGCCCCCUCAGUUACUUGUGUCAACCCUCAAGGCUCAGGCUGGAGUCCCAACAGCACAUUAGGAAGACAAGACAGAAAAAAUCCUUUCAUGAACCCAGCUUACAUUGUCUUUGGGCCUUUGGUGGCUGGCCUGUGUAAUCUCAAUUUGCAAAAGCCAAGGGUUGACUCUAAUUGA